AUGACUGUAUUAUGUGUGUGCACCAAACUUUGUAGUUUUGAUUUGGGAAGUUCUCUUCAUGGUCUUAUUGUGAAGACUAAUAGUUGUGACUCUUUUUUGGGCAAUGUACUAGUUGAUAUGUAUGGAAAGUGUGGAAACAUUGAAAAUUCAGUGAAAGUUUUUGAAGAAAUUACUGACAGAAAUGUUAUUACAUGGACAGCUUUAAUUUCUGCCCUCGGGUUAAAUGGUUGUGCUCGCGGCGCAGUGAAGAUAUUCCACAACAUGAUAUUGAUGGGAUUUAAGCCCGAUGCAUUAGCUCUCAGAGCAGUGCUUUCUUCUUGCAGAUACGGUGGAUUAGUGAGUGAAGGGAUGGAAUUUUUCAAGCAAAUAGGAACCAUUUAUGGGAUUCAACCAGAACACAAUCAUUACCUUUGCAUAGUAGAUCUCCUUGCUAAAAAUGGACAAAUAAAGGAAGUUGAAGAAGUCAUGGCAAGCAUGCCUUUUCCACCAAAUGCCCAUAUAUGGCGCAGCUUCCUUGAAGGCUACAAGAAGCAGGAAAUUGCAGUUUGA